UUCAAAAUGGAUGAGAAAACGAUCGACUCUAUUUUUGCGGGAUCUUUAAAAUCCCUGCCACCCGUAAGUUCAAAGAUUGUGCGUAUUUUCACGAGUUCGACAUUCACUGACACGACAAUGGAAAGAAACACAUUAAUGGCACAAUGUUAUCCGAAAUUGAAGGAUUAUUGCAGAGAAAAACAUGGUUUGGAAUUUCAGGUGGUGGACAUGAGGUGGGGAGUUCGUGACGAAGCAACAGAUGAUCACAUGACAACCGAGUUAUGUAUGCGAGAAAUCGAAAAUUGUCAGCGAUUAUCGAUGGGUCCGAAUUUUGUGGUAUUUUUGGGCCAAAAAUAUGGCUACAGACCAAUUCCAACAUACGUUUUGAGUUCGGAAUUGGAAAUGCUGAGGACAGAACUCGAUAGCCAGGGAAUGGAUGUGAAUGUUUUGGACACUUGGUACAAAAAAGACAGCAAUGCGGUCCCGCCGACAAGCAUUUUGCAACCCAUAUCUUCCAUUUUGAAAAAUUUCAAUAAUAAACGAAUUCCGAAACUACAACAAGAGGAUCAGGCAAUUUGGUGGGACACUAUGUGCAAAAUGCAAAAAUUAUUCAGAAAAGGAGCUCAAUCACUUUUCAAUAACGGGAAAUUUGACAAGGAUACAAUGCAUAAUUAUUUCAUGUCCGUAACAGAGAGAGAAGUAAUCAACGGAAUAUUGAAUGUAAAGAAUACAAAAAAUCACUGCUUAGCGUACGUUCGUUAUAUAAAUAAUAUCAACCUCCAAAAUUUGAGAAAAGCUGGUUUGUUUUUGGACAUUGCUAAUCGAAGUUUGGACAACGAAGCUUCAAAAUUGUUGGCUGAUCUUAGAGACGUUCGAUUGCAAAAUAAAGUAGAAAGUGCCAAUUUGCAAAGAUACACAGUCGAAUGGAUUGGAAGAGAAGGUUUGGAUCCAGAAACUCAUGGAGAGUAUCUUCAGCAUUUCAUCACCCACUUUUAUCGAAAUAUGAUCAAACUUAUCGACAGAGCAAUGAGAAAAGAGGACAGUUCUGCUCAGGGGCAAAUAAUCACUGAAAUUUUGCAACAUUUACACGCUUGCAACAACUCUGUCAGGGUCUUUUAUGGACGUGAAGACAAUUUAGAAAAGAUCAAAGCCUACAUGCUCGACGAUGGAGAAAAGCCGUUAGUCUUGUACGGUGAAGGAGGUUGUGGAAAAACUUCCCUUUUAGCAAAAAGUGCUGGAUUGUCUAGCAGCUCUUGGCUCCUGGGGAAAAAACCAAUCAGCAUUAUUCGAUUUUUGGGAACUACUCCAGACAGUAGUGCUUUGACUCCAACUCUGAUAUCCAUUUGCCAACAGAUUUCGUAUAAUUUUAUGCUACCCUUUGAAGAAAUUCCAGACGAUCUUGUACCUUUAACGGCUCAUUUUAAACAGCUUUUAACUCGCGCAACUCCAGAUCAACCGAUUUUAUUAUUUUUGGAUAGUGUCGAUCAAUUGACUGGAGUGCAGGGAAAUAAAUUGUCCUGGUUGCCUACGAGACUCCCGGCAAAUUGCAAGAUGAUUCUUUCGUGUGCUGCGGAAGAAUCAAAUCCAGUUAUUUCUCGAGAUUAUCAUCUUCUGAGAAGAAUGAUAGACACCGAAGAAUGUUUUAUAGAAGUAACGGCACUGGGAGAAGACUUGGCAAUGGACGUAAUAAGAAUGUGGAUGAAAACCGCCCAUCGGGAUUUAAACAAUUACCAGUGGCGUUUGGUAGCAAAUGCAAUAUCGAAAUGUUCGCUUCCAAUUUUUGUAAAACUCGUUUUUGCGGAAAUUUGUCGGUGGAGGAGUUAUACAAAACCGGCAGACACCCAUUUAGCGAGUACGGUAAUGGACAGCAUAAUGAUGUUAUUUGAAAGAAUUGAAAAACAACAUGGAAAAAUAUUGGUCUUUCAUGCCUUGGCUUAUAUAACGGCGGCAAAAUCUGGUUUAUCAGAAUCAGAAUUGGAAGACUUGAUAUCGCUGGAUGACAAAGUUUUGGAUGAUGUUUACCAAUAUCAUUUGCCACCUGUGAGGAGAAUUCCUCCUUUGCUUUGGACUAGAAUUCGGAAUGAUUUGCCAAAUUAUUUGAGUGAAAGGGAAGCUGAUGGUGUGAGUGUUCUUAAUUGGUACCACAGACAAUUUAGGGACACGGCAAAAGAACGAUAUUUCAAAAAUAUGAAUCUGGCGACUUAUUUUCAUUCAAUGAUUGCGGAUUAUUAUCUGGGAAUUUGGGGCGGUGGGAGACCAAAGCCUUUCAAAUAUACGGAAAUUCAGAGACAUAGAUUUAAUCUAACGGAUAAAGAAGGCGUGGCGGACAGAAAAGUUCCAGAACAACCACUGGCGUUUUAUUCGAAAGAAGGAAAAAUUUCGAGAUAUAAUUUGAGAAAGUUUGGAGAAUUGCCGUAUCAUCUGGUUCGAGCUCACAGAUUUAAAGACUUAUUUGAAAAUGUGUUAUUUAAUUAUGAAUGGCUACACGCAAAAUUAAGUUCGUGUCCACUUCAAGCAGUUCUUUCAGAUUUUGAAGAUGCCUGCAAUAACAUUGAUGAUCAGAAUUUAGUGAGGGAAAUGAUGUUGGUUGCUGACGCUUUGAGAUUAGGUGGAGCAAUUUUGGGAAAUCAUCCAGACAUGUUAGCACCUCAAUUAAUUGGAAGACUUCUUCCAGAAAUUGGAAAUAACGUCAACGUCCGAAUGUUGUUGAAAGCCUGUGAUGCAAAUGGUGUUAAACAUUGUGCACUUUUGCCAUUGUACCACUGUCUACACACACCCGGUGGUCCUCUCAAGUACUCUCUGGAGGGUCACCAAUUUGCAGUAUUUGGCUUUUGCCUCACAUCCGAUUAUCGAUAUGUCGUAUCAAUAUCAAAUAGAUUUAUUACUUGGGAUCUGAGCACAAGCGAUAUGACGAGGGACGUUAAUCCUGGAGUGGAGGGAAUAAUGCAACAAUUAGUACUAAGUCCAGACAAUAGAUACGCUGCAGCCUAUACAAAUAAUAAUCAGACAGUCGUUCUGAAUACUUUGACGAGUGAAUUUGUCAUUAUCGACAAUCCUCUUCCAAACGAUGAACAAGUGAGUGGAGUUCAUCUCAUGAAUCAGUUUGCAUUCAUUUUUGGAAAAAGUUCCUGGUGCAGAUUUGAUCUGAGGGGUAAUUUAUUGGGGAAUUACACAAGUCCGGAAGAUACAAAUCAGUGGUCGAUUUUAGAUAUAGAAUAUACGACCCUGGAGGAAUACCGAAUAACAUUCUGGACCGGAAGUCUCGAAGAUCCACUGAUGUUGCUUCACACUUACAGAAAGAAAGGAUCUCUCGAUUCUUUCCACUAUCACAGUGCGAUGGUUAUGACCAACGAGAAAAAAACUCUUUACGCCUGUACGACAAAGGAAAACUACAGAGUUUCAAAAUACAUAAUCGAUGAAAGUUCUUCGUAUUGGGAAAAAGUUCUAGAUAUGCCCCGGGCAGAUAACGACGACGUUGAAUAUCUCUUGCAAUUAAAACUCGACAAAGACGAGGAAACUCUCCUAGCCACGACCGGAAAUGGAUUUGUUCUUUGGUUUUUGGAAAGCAAGAGUGAUGCGAUAAUCCUUUUGUUACCCAAUGGGGUCAGGAAUAUCAGUACAAGAAUGAUGAAUUCUAGUUCGAUUAUGGUCAGCGGAACUAAAAAUUACGCGGUAGCCGGAGUCAGAAAGAAUUUGUACGUCUGGAGUCUCGAGACAACAGAUUUGGUGAAAAUAUUAGACGCUCAUUUUGCAAGAAUAAUACAAUUGGAGGCAUUGGCAAUUGGAAAUUGGAAUUGUGUGAUAACCUCGAGCAUCGACAGGAGCGUUAAAGUCUGGAAUAUAAAUAAUAUUUUUGAACAAGUCCACGUAAUUGACCGACACGAAUUGCAAAUCGAUUCCAUUAGUCUAGCAGAACACUGCAAUUUGGCAGUGACUGUAACGAGAGGCUGUGUUGGAGUGUGGGACCUCCAAUCUGGAAGAUUGAUAUCAAAAUUAGCCGAUAGUCCUUUAGGGGCAAUUGUGACUCACGCAAGCAUAACUCCCGAUGGAAGACACAUCAUUUCUACCGAAUCUGGAAACGUCCUUAUUUGGAAUCGAAUAACUGAGCAAGUUUUAUUCAAAGAGGAACAACCGGGUGUCAGACAAUUGACUUUAAUCGAAGACGCUUCUAAAUUUAUAACAAUUUCGCGACCGAGUAAUAUUCCUGGGGUCGAAAGUACAAAAACAACAGCGACUUUAAUCGCGAGGAGCAUUCCAGAUGGCAGUCAAGUUUUCUCUUUUGAAUAUAUUGUAAGGAGUCAGACUGGAAUUCCUUUUCGCCAAGUGGCUGUAACUUCUGAUGGAGCUUUUAUAGUUGUUCCUGCUGCCGACAAAGGUAGCCGAGACUGCGUAAUUGUUUACAAUGCAAAAACAGGAGCGUUGAUUAAUAAAAUACAAGUGAAACUUCCUGGAUUUAAAGAUAUUGUGAGUGUUGUACCAAUGCCAAACAAAGCCCAAUGGACGGGAAUUAUAGGUUCAGAUAAAGGUAGUAUAAUGGACAUAGGAAAGAAAAAAAUUAUUCGCACAAUUCCAAAAUGGAGUGGAAACAUCAGCAGGGACGGAAAAUACACUUUAUACGCACCCAGCAGGGGUGGACUUGAACUCAUCGAAUUAAAAAAGGGAACGACUGUGAAAACGUACAUUUCUAAAGUUGCUGAGGGAGUUUUUACUGUGAUUUCAAUGUUUAAUCGAACUGACGAAUACGUUCUUUAUUAUCACAGUGGACGAAAAACGAUUCGAGUUUUCAGGUCCUCGGACUGCGAAAUGAUAGCAAAUUACCGAGUCCAGGCGGAAUUAAGUGCAAUUGACAGCACAUACGACGGAAAAAGCAUUGUUUUGGGAACAGUUGACGGUUGCGUUUCAGUGUUGGGGAUUGCUGAUCCAAUGAAAACAGAAAUGAAAGAAUAUCUCUCCAAUUUGCCUUCUCGCGAUGAAACGUGGAAAAGGAAGAUGGAAAAACAACGAGCUGCUAUUAAAUUCAAGGCGGCUGCAAGAAUUGCGAGAGUUACGCAUGAUUUGAAUAAUCUUGUGAGGAUUGGAAAUUCAAUUGCUGACACUCCUAAGGAAACCAAAAAUGAGGAAAUUAAUUAAAUUUUUGGAUUUAUUAUUAAUCUAUGUAAAAAAGAUAUUAUUCUGAUUAAGAAUUCUGUAUUGCCUACCA